UAUUGAAUGUCUUCCGCGGUGACGGCCCCUAGCGGGCACCCGGGACAUCGCAGGCUUAGGAGGGCUUUAGACGGGAACCUGAACGAUGGUUCCUAUGUGUCACAUCGAGAAAUGUCCCCCGAUAGGAAGUGGCUUCGUGAGGGCCAGAGCCGAAGGAUUAACAUCGUUAACUGAAUCAAUGUUACUCAGUGUCGGGACUGCUCCACAUGUCCCGCUUAUGACCGCUCUAUUAUCAGAAUAAAACCAUAAGUUAGAGCGGAAGGACCGACGCUCCGGUCCCGGAGGAGCACCGCGGGACUCGAGGAGCUCCCCGAGGCUAACCGUCACACCACCGGGUCAACACCUCACUCCACCGUGUUCUGGGUGAACUAUGUCCAGUGAUUGGUAUUGAACAGUUAAGCUUCAGUCAGUCCCCCACACCCCACCAUGUCUACCAUGUCCACCACGUCGCUGGACCAGGAGCUCCAGGAGCGGCUGCGGGAGGCGGCGGCCAUCGGGGACUUGGACGAGGUGCGCUCCCUGGUCGAGGGGGCGGUCAACGUCAACUCUCAGAACGAGAUCAACGGCUGGACAUGCCUUCACUGGGCCUGCAAGCGGAACCACAGGCACAUUGUGUCGUACCUGCUGGACUCUGGAGCCGACAUGGAGAUACUGACGGCCAAGGAUGAGCUCGCCUCUCAGCUCACCUCCAAACCAGAGAUCAAGAGGCUGCUGGGAGUGGAAGUGGAAGACCUGCCGGAGGUGAAGGAGGCGGAGCUGCCCAUCAUCCCCAACUACCUGUCCAACCCGCCCUUCAUGUACAGCAAGCUGGACAGCAAGGUGGAGGAGCUGGUGGCUCAGCUCCAGCAGCAGAGUGGCUCCGGGGACCUCGAGCCGGAGGACCCCUCCGUCUCCCCCACCCACCAGCCCCCGCCACCGGUGCUGAGCCCCGUGGGCAACGCCCCCAACGCCCGCUUUGUCCCCGUCUGCUCCCUGACCACACCCGCCCCCCUGGCGCCCCUCGGCCAGCCGGGCCACCCCUCAGGGGCCUUCGUGCCCCUGGUGGAGCAGAACGGGAUGCAACACCCCCACCCGUACUCUGCGGUCAACGGGGUGCUGCCCAUGGACCUGUCGUCGGAGCCCCCCCCGGACUACCCCCCCCACGCAGCGCAGAACGGGGCGGGCUGCACGCCGUCGCGGGCCUCCCCCAGCCCCAGCAGCGGCAGCCAGGUGCAGGCUCCGGGGCCCGGAGUGCACCCCGCCAUGACCCGGCAGCCGUCCGUCCCCCAGCAGCUCAGCAGUGGUCCGGACGGGGCCGGGGGCGGAGCUAUGCCCGCCUUCCAGCCCUUCUUCUUCACCAGCACCUUCCCGGUCAACGUCCAAGAGCUGGUGCUGAAGGUCCGCAUCCAGAACCCUAACACACGGGACAACGACUUUAUCGAGGUUGAGCUGGACCGCCAGGAGCUGACCUUCCGCUCGUUGCUCCGGGUCUGCUGCCGCGAGCUGGACAUCAGCGCCGAGCACGUGGAGAAGAUCCGCAAGCUGCCCAACACCCUGCUUAGAAAGGACAAGGACGUUGCCCGGCUGCAGGACUUCCAGGAGCUGGAGGUGGUGCUGGAGAAGGGGGAGGGUCUGUCCCUGUUCUCCGGGACCGGGACCCUCACUGACCGGCCCUGCUACAACAUGAAGGCCUCCCGGCUCACCUACUAGAGCCUCCAGGGCCCUGACCCCAAGACAGGAACCCCCCUUGUCCCUGUUCCCUGUUCUGGUCCCUGACUCCAGCCCUAGUCCCUGACCUCAGCCCUGUUCCCUGUCCUGGUCCCUGACUCCAGCUUCUCUCUAGCCCACCAUGAAGGAGUCCCGCCCAGCCAACGGUUUAAGGGUUUGGUUGCGGUAUUUUACCAGAUAGUGGUGUUUUUUAUUUAAUUUCUGCUAACCAAAAUCGCUAUCCUCCACUUUUCUUUAUUCACUUGAGACACAGAGGUGUACCUGCCCUGCGCUUAGUGUUUUUUUAUUUUUUUAUUUGACUAACGCAUGGUGUCCUUUGUUAUCGCUUUAUGUACUCGUGGAUCAAAAAUGGGUUGGGGUUCCAGUGGUCUGUCGUAGAAAUAUGGACCCGUGCUCAGAGAAAGGCCUUAAUCAGAACCAAUCCUGACUAACUGCGGAGCUAUGGACUACAAACAUGGACCCCAGCGGAGUGGGAGUGGAAGGCGACCGGCGUACUGCUUCAGACUGGUUUAACACCCCCCCCCCUCCCUCUAGCUACCCUCACCAGUGUACGGUUGCAGCACAGCAUCCCUGCAUACAGCAACCUGUACGAAAUUCAGCCCUCUGAAGCUCCUCAAUCCGACGCCGUCGAAGACACACGCACACACCACCGAUACUAACACACAUGCACACAGACCCGAUACUAACACACACACACACCCCGAUAUAAACACACACGAACAAACCCAGAUAUAAACACACGCGCACACCCCGAUACGAACACACGCACACACACCCCCCGAUAUAAACACACACACACACCCCAAUAUAAACACGUGCGCACACCCUGAUACAAACACACGCGCGCACACCCCGAUACGACCACACGCGCGCACACCCCUAUACAACCACACGCGCACACACCCCCGAUCGAAACACACAAGCACACACCCCCGAUACAAACACACACGCACACACCCCCGAUACAAACACACCCCACACCCCGAUACAAACACACACACACACCCCCCGAUACAAACACACACACAAACCCCCGAUACAAACACACACGCACACACCCUCGAUACUAACACACACGCACCGCACACCCCGAUGCUAACACACACACACCCCCGCUACUAACACACACGCACACCCAUCCCGACACGCUGUCUCCUCUGCAUAAGACGGUCUGCGGCUCAUCAGCCACGGCAGCGUUGCUGUCAACCGCUCCAAUGGGGACAUUGGACUUCCCCCGCGUCUGCAGUCCAGCAGUCGUUCACACUACUGAGGAUAGACAUGGACAAUGUUUAUCCUUUACCUUUUUAAAAUUACAGACUUGCGUCAUAAACGCCGCAAGACGGAUGAUAAUUUGCACUCUACGGUGUGUAUCCCUCUCUGGUCCCAGACUCUUGCGACUGAAUACAGUAUCCUGCUGAACAAUCGGGCUCCAACGCUGCUGCUUGUUAGCACCAAUGUGGCGUGGGGCCAUGCGCCGCCUUCCUGCUAACACGGUUCCUCCGCGGGUUUGUGGAACUUUAAUCGGAACCAAAUGAUCGUCGAGCCAGCAAAAAGUUCACAUGAAACUAUUGGAUAUUGAAACAGAGUAAACCGGAGACAUUGAAGAGGGGAGGAGGAGAAGACGUAGCAUUGCGGCACUAGACGGGGAAACGAGCCAUCCCUCCUGGACGCCACAACAUGAAGUCUGGAUUCAUUCUGUCGUGUGUAAGCUGUGAAGGCUAAACUAGUGCAAUUACUUUAGAGCGAAUGCAAGACCCAUUUGAAUAUAUACGGUAUCCUAUGUAUACUCCUUGCGUUUGGUCAAACUUUAACCGAGCACUCCGUUUCCUCUGAGGGGAGGUUAUCUCCUUAGUCACUAGCCUUAUGUCGGCCGUCCAUGUGAUCAGCUAGCUGACGGUGUGUAAAGCUCUGUCCACACAAGUCCUCAAGACACGUUGACUAGACUCUUACAUUGGGCUUUAUACACUGGUUUAUUCUCAGUGAUUUUCUUUAGUUCUACAAUCGGAUCUAACCCAAUGGUAACUGUUUACUGUUCAGACAUAUACCUUAAGCUCUUACUGUUUGUUUAAUUAUAGAUUUUCUAUUCAUUUAACCUUUUUUAUUAUUUUCUUAACUAGCUAGGCUUUUUGCGUUUGGUGUCAAAGUCGACUAGCGUCCGUGCUUGAGGGUCAAUGGGGAUGAAGGACUGUGCAGACGACUGCACUGUCGGAAGUUUCCAGAAUGUUGAAGAUGUAUAACAUUAAGGGUAACUGCAGAUCCUCCCUAUGGUGGUUAGAUGGGUGGACUGAAUUUGAUGACCUCUACAGUUAUUGAUGGGAUCUUGUGUGGAAGGAGAAAGCGAGUGACAUUGUGUUUGUUGGGUUGCGUUCUGGACAGAGAACACGAUGGAAAGUUUGACUUAACCUAUGCAUUCAGAGUUUGAUAUUUUUAUAAUGGUUCUGUGUAUUUUGCAGAUAACCUUACACACUGUUGAAGCUGUGAUUUACGUUGUUGGGGGGGGGGGGGUCUUUGAUAAAGCAUGGGAAAGGUGUCCAUUAAAAAGAUGAUGUGAUCCGAUCUCACUUACUGCCUCAAACCGCUCCUCUAGAAGACUACCUGUAGGGGGCGUUUACUUCAAGAUUCAUUUUGUACCCACAACAAAACCCGAUUUGAAUUAUUAUGGAUUAUUUUGGACAAUGAAUGAGGUAUUAAUACCAAUACUCUUUGGCUGGGACGUUGUCAACAUCGAGCAGAACAUAGUGGGUCAUAUGUCAACGUUUUUUGUAUGAAUUUUAUUCAUUAGUAAGCUACAUGGAUAUGCCAUCUUUCAGAACCUUCCAUUACCUGCACUAAAGAGAAUAAAAGAGCGCAUCCUCA